AGUAGCCUGUUUUUCAACUUGAAAUCGUCCGGGUAACUCUAGCGAUGGGCCCGUGGUACCCACGAUGAUAAAACAGCAAAAAUCGACAGGAAGAAGGGAGGGCGGCUGUCUGGCGAUCAGUGGUCACUCGGUGUUCUCGCUUCCCGACGGCCACAUGCCUCUCCACUCGCUACUUACUGCACACUUGCGGGAAACUCGAGAAGCAGCGCGCUAGGGACCUGGCAUCCGACAGCUGAUCUAACGGGUCUAAAAAUAAGCACCGCGCAGUCCUGUACUCUCCAUUCCACUCGGAACCGCUGAACUAUACCAGAAAAAUAAGUGGGAAUAACGGACAUAGCUUUGGAGCUGGUACAAAGCCAUGUCCCUGUCUUUCUGUGGAAAUGACAAUGCUUCAGCCUAUAGCGUCUAUGAAGGAGUCCUGAAAAAUGGAUGCUUUGUUGAUGCCCUCAACUUGGUCCCACAUGUUUUCCUGCUGUUUAUUACUUUCCCUAUCUUAUUUAUUGGUUGGGGAAGUCAAAGUUCUAAGGUUCAGAUUCAUCACAACACCUGGCUGCACUUCCCAGGACACAACCUAAGAUGGAUCCUAACAUUUGCACUCUUAUUUGUUCAUGUGUGUGAAAUAGCAGAAGGAAUAGUUUCAAAUGAGUGCAUGCAGACUCCCCAUCUUCAUCUUUUUAUGCCUGCUUUAAUGGGUUUCAUUGCUGCCAUUACAUCAAUCGUUUACUACCACAAUAUAGAGACCUCAAACUUCCCAAAACUACUUUUAGCACUUUUUAUUUACUGGAUACUUGCAUUUAUCACAAAAACCAUUAAACUUGUGAAAUAUAGUGAGGUCAGCGUGGGAAUACAACAUCUUCGCUUUUGCAUUACUGCAAUGCUUGUCAUUCUGUAUGCUUUACUGAUGGCAGUGGAAAUCAACGUGAUCAGGGUCAGGAAGUAUGUGUUUUUCACAAGCCCACAGAAGGUGAAGCCCCCAGAAGACCUGCAAGACCUUGGUGUGCGGUUUCUGCAGCCAUUUGUAAACUUACUCUCCAAAGCUACCUACUGGUGGAUGAACCAUGUGAUUGUUGGUGCCCACAAGAGACCAAUAGACUUGAAAAAGAUUGGCAAACUUCCCAUUGCAAUGAGAGCCUUGACGAAUUACAUAAGGCUGAAGGAAACGUAUGAGGAGCAAAGGAAGAAGUUAGCAGAUGACCCUGAUAAAGCCCCCUCCAUCUGGAAGUCAAUGUAUCGGGCUUUUGGACAGCCAAUCCUCCUAAGCAGCACAUUUCGGUAUUUGGCUGAUCUUCUGGGUUUUGCUGGACCACUGUGUAUCUCAGGCAUUGUAAUGCGACUGGGUGAUCAGAGCAACUCCUGCAAAACAAGCCCACCUGAUGCUAAAAUAUUAGGUGUUUAUUUCCUCUCCACUGAUGAACUCCUAGAGAAAACUUUUGUUCUGGCUGUGCUAUUGUUCUUAGCUCUAGUUCUUCAGAGGACAUUCCUACAAGCUUCUUACUAUGUAACCAUUGAGACUGGCAUCAACCUACGGGGGGCACUGCUGGCUAUGAUUUAUAAUAAGAUUCUCCGACUGUCCACAUCUAACAUGUCAAUGGGAGAAAUGACCUUGGGCCAAAUCAAUAAUUUGGUUGCCAUUGAAACCAACCAGCUCAUGUGGUUCCUGUUCUUGUGCCCAAAUUUGUGGGCCAUGCCUGUACAGAUCAUCAUGGGAGUCAUCCUGUUGUAUUACCUGCUAGACUACAGUGCUCUGAUUGGUGCAUCAGUUAUAGUGCUGUUGGCCCCAGUACAGUACUUCAUAGCAACAAAGCUUGCUGACGUGCAAAAGAGUUCUCUGGACUAUUCUACAGAUCGCCUUAAAAAAACCAACGAAAUACUUAAGGGAAUCAAGUUGCUCAAGCUGUAUGCCUGGGAGAGCAUUUUCUGUGCCAGUGUGGAGGAGACACGCCAGAAAGAGCUGACCAGCCUGAAGACCUUUGCACUCUGCACUUCUCUUUCAAUUUUCAUGAAUGCUGCCAUACCGAUUGCUGCUGUUCUAGUGACAUUUGUUGCACACUCAUAUAUCAGCAACAGUGUUCUUACCCCAGCAGUGGCUUUUGCAUCCCUUGCCCUAUUUCAUAUUUUGGUUACACCUUUGUUUCUACUGUCAACAGUGGUGCGGUUUGCUGUCAAAGCAUUAUUUAGUGUUGAGAAACUAGGAGAGUUUCUGAUGAGUGAUGAGAUUGGUGAUGACAGCUGGAGGAAUGGGGAGAUGUCUGUGCCACUAGAGUCAUGUCGAAAGCAUCCCACCUCUCACACCAAAGCAAUAAACAGGAAACAGCCGCUCAGGUACCAGUUGGACAACUACGAGCAGUCUAGCCGAAGACCUGUGCGUCCUGUGGAAACUGAAGAUAUUUCAGUCAAGGUAACCAAUGGAUAUUUUUCAUGGGGGAGUAACCAGGCUACAUUAUCAGAUAUCAACAUUAGAAUCCCUACAGGGCAGUUGAUUAUGAUUGUGGGUCAGGUUGGCUGUGGGAAAUCUUCCUUGCUUCUAGCAGUGCUUGGAGAGAUGCAGACGGUUUCUGGGAAGGUCUACUGGAGCAAGCUGCCAGAAUCUGAGAUGAUCCACGAAAAGAAUUUAAGCAUUUAUGACAGCGAGCCUACUUUCGAAGCUGGCUGGAGUAAAAACAGAAAUUCAGUGGCAUAUGCUGCGCAGAAGUCCUGGCUGUUGAAUGCGACUGUAGAAGAUAACAUUACUUUUGGAAGCCCUUUUAACAAGCAAAGGUACAAAGCUGUGAUCGAUGCUUGCUCACUUCAACCUGAUAUCGAUCUUUUGCCAUUUGGCGAUCAAACGGAAAUUGGAGAGCGAGGCAUCAACCUCAGUGGUGGUCAGAGACAGAGGAUCUGUGUGGCACGAGCCUUGUAUCAGAAUACCAAUAUUGUGUUUUUGGAUGACCCCUUCUCAGCACUGGACAUCCACCUGAGUGAUCACCUGAUGCAGGAGGGCAUACUGAAAUUUCUGCAGGAUGAUAAGAGGACUGUAGUUCUAGUAACCCAUAAACUUCAGUACCUGGUUCAUGCAGACUGGAUCAUUGCCAUGAAAGAUGGCACUGUUUUGCGUGAAGGGACUCUUAAAGACAUUCAAACCAAUGAUGUAGAGCUUUAUGAGCACUGGAAAACGCUGAUGAACCGGCAGGACCAAGAGCUAGAGAAGGAUACCGAUGGAGACAGUCAAACUACAAUGGAGAGGAAGAACCUAAGAAGGGCAUUGUACUCGAGGGAAACUAAGUCACAAAUAGAUGAUGAAGAUGAAGAGGAGGAGGAGGAAGAGGAAGAUGAAGAUACCAUGUCCAUGAUGACAAACCGCAGGACGAAGAUCCCUUGGGGUGUGUGUUGGCGGUAUCUGAGCUCUGGAGGAUUUGUUCUGCUUUUCAUGAUGGUCUUCUCCAAGUUGCUAAAGCACUCAGUUAUUGUUGCCAUUGAUUACUGGUUGGCAACCUGGACAUCCAGCAAUAUGAGUAGCAUUCCAGAAAAUGCAACAAGUAAUGCAACAGUUCCUGUCUUUGAUCACUCCUAUUUUAUCACUGGCUUCAGCAUCCUUUGCAGUUCCGGAAUUGCACUGUGCCUCAUCACCUCACUUAGUGUAGAAUGGAUGGGACAUGCUGCGGCCAAAAAUCUUCAUCAUAACCUCUUGAACAAGAUCAUUCUGGCCCCAAUCAGAUUUUUUGAUGUUACACCCUUGGGUCAAAUUCUUAACCGGUUCUCAGCUGAUACAAACAUCAUUGAUCAACACAUUCCUCCUACUUUGGAGUCUCUUACCCGUUCCACGCUGCUCUGCCUCUUUGCUAUUGGCAUCAUAGCAUUUGUCACACCAAUGUUUCUGGCUGCAAUGGUGCCUCUUGGGAUCACCUUUUACUUCAUACAGAAGUAUUUCAGGGUUGCCUCCAAAGACCUCCAGGACCUUGAUGACUCAACCCAGCUGCCAUUGUUGUGCCACUUUUCUGAAACUGCAGAAGGACUCACCACCAUUCGUGCUUUCAGGCAUGAGGCAAGGUUCAAACAGAGAAUGCUGGAGCUCACAGAUACCAACAACACAGCUUAUUUGUUUCUGUCUGCUGCCAACCGGUGGCUGGAGGUGCGAACGGAUUAUCUGGGAGCUGUUAUUGUUCUCACAGCAGCUGUGGCAUCGAUCUGGACACUUGAUAAAUUUCAGGCGGGACUAGUAGGGCUUGGGCUCACAUAUGCACUCACGGUAACAAACUACUUGAACUGGGUUGUGAGAAAUUUGGCAGACCUUGAGGUGCAAAUGGCAGCAGUGAAGAAAGUUAAUGGAUUCCUGAGCACAGAGUCAGAAAACUAUGAAGGCUCAAUAGAUCUUGUUCAGGUCCCUGAAGAUUGGCCUCAGCAUGGUGAAAUCAAGAUCCAGGACCUUUGUGUUCGGUAUGACCCACUUCUGAAACCUGUACUCAAACAUGUCAAUGCCAACAUUAGUCCAGGCCAGAAGGUGGGGAUCUGUGGACGUACUGGUAGUGGAAAGUCCUCGCUGUCUCUGGCAUUCUUCAGAAUGGUGGACAUCUUUGAUGGCAAGAUUAUCAUCGAUGGAAUAGACAUUUCAAAACUACCUCUGCACACACUGCGCUCCAGACUUUCUAUUAUCCUCCAAGACCCUAUUUUGUUCAGUGGAUCAAUUCGGUUUAACUUGGAUCCUGAACGCAAGUGCAAGGAUGACCGCCUCUGGGAAGCCCUGGAGAUUGCCCAGUUAAAGAAUAUGGUCAAAGCUCUCCCAGGAGGUCUUGAUGCUGUUGUGACAGAAGGUGGAGAAAACUUCAGUGUGGGACAGCGACAGCUUUUCUGCUUAGCGAGGGCCUUUGUGAGGAACAGUAGUAUUCUCAUUAUGGAUGAAGCAACAGCUUCAAUUGAUAUGGCCACUGAAAAUAUUUUGCAGAAGGUAGUAAUGACAGCCUUUGCAGACAGAACUGUAGUAACAAUUGCACACCGGGUGUCCUCUAUCCUGGAAGCAGACCAGGUUUUAGUGUUUUCUGAGGGUAUGUUAGUGGAGUGCGACACUGCUACCAACUUACUCGCCCAGGAGGACAGCCUUUUCUCUGUCUUGGUGAAAACACACAAAUAGUCACAACACAUCGCCUUUGUGCAGCCUGACCCAUCAGGCUGGCUGCACCGUGUUCAUACAAUUUUGACGGCAGACCUUGUGAUUGUCAUGAAACGAGGAAUCAUUGUGGAGUACGACAAGCCUGAGACACUACUGGCACAAGAGGACAGCAUCUUUGCAUCUUUUGUCAGGGCAGAUAUGUAACUGUUCUGCG